CGAAUGAGCGUCCAGUGAUCGUUCUACUGUAGGGGUCAUGUACUACUAAAAUUAGAUGUAUUGAGCAUGCUUUUGAGUCUGAUAGAAAAGUUGAUAUGAAUUUGAAAUCACUUAGAAAAGUAUCGUUGGAAUUAUUUAAAAUUUUUUAAACAGCUUUUUAGUCAAGAUUCUAGAAAGUUGCAGGCUUCUUAUCUUGAACGCAACUCCUAUGGAAUCCGCUACGCAAACUACGUUGUUGCUGUCAAAGUUUCCCGCGAAACUACUGCACAUGCAAAUCUGUAUCAAAACAUUUCUGCUUUGGUGAUAUCCUUGCACUGGGUAACCCAGUAGUCUCUUAGCACCUUACCAAUAAGAGCAGAGAAGCGGUCAUCUCGUGGCAGUACAGCAGCCUGCUCCUGAUAUUGUCGCAGGCAUCUAAAAGUCAAGACGGGCCAUGAGUGAGGUCCAGGAUAGGGAUUGUGAUCCCCAGAACUCCCAUGUUGACAAGAGAUGGGACAGUCAGUUGUCAGUCCUCCCAGACAAGCUACAACAGAGACUGAUGCCAUUCCAAAAGGAGGGAGUCAAAUUUGCCCUAUCAAAGAAUGGAAGGUGUAUGAUCGCAGAUGAGAUGGGUCUGGGGAAGACGGUGCAGGCUAUCUCUGUGGCCUACGCCUACAGACAGGAGUGGCCUCUGCUCAUCGUGGUGCCCUCCUCUCUAAAGUACCCCUGGAUCGAGGAGAUAGAGAGGUGGAUACCUGAGCUCAACCCUGGAGAUAUCAACCUGGUGGAGACCAAGACUGACACGCUGGGGAUCAGUAGCAGUAAGGUAACAGUGUUGGGUUACGGGCUGCUCACCACAGAUGCACGCCUCCUGGUGGAGGCUCUGACCAGACAGAGGUUUAAUGUGGUGGUGGUGGAUGAGUCCCACUACCUCAAGUCCAGGAACGCAGCCAGGUCUAAGAUACUGGUACCACUCAUCCAGAACGCCAAGCGGGCCAUCCUACUGACGGGCACCCCGGCCCUGGGACGGCCAGAGGAGGAGGCGAGUGGCAGCUUGGAGGAGUGGGAGCGCCUGAUGAGGACGAUGGGUUCGGGGGUCUCUGCCACCGACAACCCCUUCACUGAAGUCAUGGGGCUCGUGACACGCAUGUACAAACAGACCGCCAUCGCUAAGGCCGGAGCAGUGAAAGACUACAUAAAGAUGCUGCUGGAGACUGAGAAGUUAAAGUUCCUGGUGUUCGCUCAUCACCUGACCAUGCUACAGGCAUGUACCGAGGCUGUCAUCGAAGCCAAGGCCAGUUACAUCCGUAUCGAUGGCAGUGUUCCGUCCUCAGAGCGUAUCCACUUGGUUCACCAGUUCCAGAAUCCCCCGUGGCCUCCUCAUCCCCCAGGCUCUCAGGCCAGUUACAUCCAGUAUGAUAGAAUAGUCAUUAUAUUUACGAGAUGGAGUGUGUCCUGUGUGUUCUGUGGUGUCCAGGGCCUGACGUUCACAGCGGCCACUCACGUGGUGUUUGCUGAGCUGUACUGGAACCCUGGCCAUGUGAAGCAGGCUGAGGACCGGGCGCACCGCAUUGGACAGACCGCCUCCGUCCACGUGCACUACCUCAUCGCCAAGGGAACCUUUGACACCGUCAUGUGGGGCAUGCUCAACAGGAAGGAAACAGUAACGGGCAGUACUCUGAACGGUAAGAAGGAGUACUUAAAGGCAGAGUUGGGGGAUAAGGACAAAUGGGACUUCCUGAAUUUCGCCGAGGCGUGGACACCAAGCGAGACGACCCUGGCAGCAGGAGGAGUGGUUGACAAUGACAAAGAUCCUGUGUUCUUUAACCAUUUUGAGAAGGACAAACAGCACGACAUCCGUUCGUUCUUCUCUCCGGACGCGGGUAAAGAGAAGAAGAGGAAAAGAACAGAGGGUGAGGUUUGCCUUUCCCCCGUUACCCCCUCAGAGAAGGGGGGUUCUAUAGAUGUGGAGAACUCAGAGAGUGACAAGGAGAAAAACUACAACUCCCGAUCCCCUGACCUCCAGGACCUAGACUUCUCUCCCCAGGUGAAGAGGCUGCGGCUGCCCACCUCCACCCUCACCCCCAGCGCUACCCACAGCCCCAGGUCUCGUCUUGGGGGGAAAAGGAGGUCCCUCCAUGGGGGGAGAGGCACCAGCAGCAGCCCCCUGGCCUCUCUGUUUACCCCCCGUCGGCUCUCUGAGAAAGGGGCCCCGAAACCAAGGUUGAGCCCCAGACCAGGACCACCAGAUCAGGGGAAGGGAGAUCAGUGGAGCUGUGGGGCCUGUACUUACUCCAACAGCAUCCUGCUCCUUUACUGUGAGGUGUGCGAGUCCCCACUCCACAGGCCCAGCACUGGUGAGUACACACACACACACACACACACACACACACACACACACACGUUGGCAGGCGUAACAUACACCAAGUCAGAAAUAGAGCAGCGUGACAACGUGUCUCUGCUAGAUGACAACGAGGAGAAGAGGACGCAACACACUGUUCACCUGACUGUCAAGUGAGAAACAGUCACAAGGCCUGUUCUCGUUGUGCCACGCGUCUCAAAGUUUACAAAGUAAAGUUGAUGAAUUGGCUGAAGUUAAAGUUCCCCAAGGCACUCUGGCUGACUAUCUAAUAGGACUGGGAGAAGGAAGGUAACUGUCUCUCCUCAAACACAGACACCUCCUGGUUCA